ACUUUCCCGAGGAAAUGUCUCUGCAAAAGUUGUUUUUCUUCAAAGAAACUCGGCUCCGGGGCUGUUUCCUCGCCCUCUGACUGGGGAGGAUUUCCCGGCGGUGCCUGCUGCUUGCAUGUCAAGCUUCCUGUGUUUGUCACACAGACAGACAGCUCGCAGCCAUGGACGGACCCGCUGACAAGGGCUGAGCUAGGUCGAGACCGUUAGCUCUGCAAAAAGCAAUAAAUAACAUCCACUCCACCCGUGCAGCGCCCCUCACCCCCCAGCGAGAAACGCCUGCCCCAGCGGCGGCUUCUCCUGCACAGCCACCGACUCCAGCCUGGUGAAGUUUCCCGGGAUCAUGGCCAGGGACUACACGGCCAAGAGCCUGGACAACAUCGACCUGGCAGCGCUCAGGGAUCCAGCAGGGAUAUUUGAACUGGUGCAAGUAGUUGGAAACGGGACAUAUGGACAAGUCUAUAAGGGCCGCCACGUUAAGACAGGACAACUAGCAGCAAUCAAGGUUAUGAAUGUUACUGAGAACGAGGAGGAAGAAAUCAAACUGGAAAUAAAUAUGUUAAAGAAAUAUUCUCAUCACCGGAAUAUUGCGACGUAUUAUGGAGCAUUUGUAAAGCAGAGCCCCGCAGGCCAGGAUGAUCAGCUCUGGUUGGUGAUGGAGUAUUGUGGAGCUGGCUCGGUAACAGAUUUGGUAAAGAAGACAAAAGGUAACUGUUUCAAGGAGGACUGGAUUGCGUAUAUCUGCAGAGAGGUUCUCAGGGGUUUGGCACAUCUUCAUUUUAAUCACGUUAUCCACCGAGAUAUUAAAGGACAGAACGUUCUCUUAACAGAAAAUGCAGAAGUAAAACUAGUGGAUUUUGGGGUAAGCGCUCAACUGGAUAGGACGAUUGGGAGAAGAAAUACAUUCAUCGGAACUCCCUAUUGGAUGGCGCCCGAGGUCAUAGCUUGCGAGGAGAACCAAGACUCAACAUAUGAUUACAGAAGUGACUUGUGGUCUCUGGGAAUCACAGCUAUAGAAAUGGCAGAAGGAGCUCCUCCCCUGUGCGAUAUGCAUCCCAUGAGAGCUCUGUUUCUCAUUCCACGAAACCCUCCCCCAAAACUGAAAUCCAGAAAAUGGUCCAAGAAAUUUCUUAAUUUUGUUGAAAGUUGCCUUGUUAAAAAUUACUUGCAUCGUCCAUCCACUGAAACUUUGCUUAAGCAUUCCUUUAUCCGAGACAUGCAGAAUGAACGGCAAGUGCGCAUCAUGCUGAAAGACCACCUGGACAGGACCAGGAAGAAAAAGGGAGAGAAAGACGAAACAGAGUAUGAGUAUACUGGAAGUGAGGAAGAAGAUGAUGAACUGGAUGAAGAUGAAGGAGAACCAAGUUCCAUAGUUAAUCUCCCUGGUGAAUCAACGCUCCGUCGUGAAUUUCUGAGGCUGCAGCAGGAGAACAAAAAUCGGUCUGACCCUCAUCGACAGCAGCAGCUCCAGCAGCAGCAGCUAAAGGACCAGGAGAAAUACAAAAAGCAACUGCAGGCAGAUCGGCAGAAACGAAUCGAGCAAGAAAAAGAGCGGAGGAAGAGGCUGGAGGAUCAUCAGAAGAGAGAAGAAGAGCUCCGGAAGCAGCAAGAAUGUGAGCAGAGAUGGCCAGAAAUUAAGGCAGUUCAGCGGAGAGAUGAAAAGUGUGAAGAUGACAGAAGAAUUGUUGAUGAGGAAAUGUGCAAAGUGGACGGACAGAGGAAAUCAGAAAGGAAGCAGAAAAAGGUGGAAGAAGUGCAACACAAUAAGAAGUUACAUCGGACUCUUCCCAAAGAUCAGACCCAACUGCUGUCUCUUCAGCACGACCACAAGCAAAAAAAGAAAGAGCUUCCAAAGAGCUCGAGUCCAGCAUCACAGCCUCCGCCAAGCAUUACAAGCAAAGAGGCCGAGGACAGAAAGAAGAAAAAUGAUGGGAUGCAGACUCAUCUCAACUGGGCAGCAGUUCUUGGACAUGAAGCCACGCCACAUACUAGACUAGGUUCUGGCAGUAGUUCUAGUCCUUGCACCCCAGCUUUGCAAAGAGCAGUGCUAGCGCAGAGUGAAAACCUCCGGACCAGUAGAGACGUAUACCACAGCAGUUCACUGUCAGACAUGGUGAUAACACCAACGAGCCCAGGACAGGAUGAUGUAUUCUGGAACGUUUGUCAAAAUGAAGAGCAGCCUCCAAAGGUUCCAGAAAGAACAACCUCUAAAUUUUACAGCAGGGAUCAUCUUGGCCAUCAGAGAUGUCCUUCAAGUAACGUGCAGCAGUCAUCCCCGGGGGGACAUGCUUUGAAACUAAACAGCAGCAGCAGCUCUCCUGGCAGCAGGCAAUGGGAGAUGGGAUCUCAUCUCAGCAAAAGACCAACCUCAGGAUCGUCCAAGGCAGAGAGCCCGCUGUCCCAGAACCACCCGCAGCAGUGUAAGAAGUCUGAAAAUGUUCCUCGCCCUGCUCAGUUUUCAAGUCCAGCCUUCGUCGCCAAAGGGAAAGACGGUGCCAACUUGUUCUCCACAGUAGCAGAAUAUUCAUCAUCCAGUGAUGAACUGCUCAGCAGCGAUGAUGAUGAUGUGAUUCACACAAGGCAACUGCUAAGUAAUGGAAAGGCAGAUUUCUCAAGGACAAGAGUUCCAGAUGGAAUUGAACUGAAACCCCAAAGCAUCGUAAUAGAACAGAAGAAUCAUAUUGCGGGGAAACAAAGUUGUAGCACGCAGGAAGGACUCUGGAGCAUACACAACCAGAACUAUCUCCUGCCGGAUCUCCUACAGCAAAGCCAAAUUUCGGACUCCUCGGCGAACCAGCAAAAAGUUACCCAGAAUAGUCAAGGACCUCAGAACAAAUCUACAUCAAGUUCUGAAAGUACGCCCUCAAAGGGCAGUUCAUCAUCUACAACAUCCUUUACUUCGUUCAUAGAUCCUAGACUACUACAAAUCUCACCUCCCAGCAGUCCAGCAGGACCUCCUUGUAGCUCUCCAUCUAGCCCCAAAGCAGAGCCUAUUAGGAGAGGGAAUGCAAGGAAAGGCUCUGUUGUCAAUGUCAACCCGACAAAUAUCCGGCCACAGAGUGACAGUCCAGAAAUUCGCAAAUACAAGAAGAAAUUUAAUUCCGAAAUCCUGUGUGCUGCUCUGUGGGGAGUAAAUUUACUGGUGGGGACGGAGAAUGGGUUAUGGCUGCUGGACCGAAGUGGACAAGGAAGGGUUUACUCGCUGAUCACAAGGAGACGAUUCCAGCAAAUGGAUGUUCUGGAAGGACUCAAUGUGCUAAUCACCAUAUCAGGCAAAAAGAAUAAGCUGAGGGUGUAUUAUUUAUCCUGGCUGAGAAACAAGAUUUUGCGCAAUGAUCCGGAGGUGGAGAAGCGGCAAGGCUGGGUGUCUGUGGGAGACUUGGAAGGCUGCGUGCACUACAAAGUCGUGAAAUAUGAAAGAAUCAAAUUUCUUGUUAUUGCUUUGAAAAGCUCUGUGGAGGUGUAUGCUUGGGCUCCAAAGCCCUAUCACAAAUUUAUGGCUUUUAAGUCAUUCACUUCACUUCAUCACAAACCACUGUCAGUUGACCUGACAGUUGAAAAUGGACAAAGAUUAAAAGUGAUCUAUGGCUCGCAAGUGGGAUUUCACGCUAUCGAUGUGGACUCUGGGUCUGUGUAUGACCUGUACUUGCCAACUCAUAUCCAGGGGACUAUUCACCCACAUGCCAUUAUUAUCCUCCCUAAUACCAAUGGAACAGAACUUCUACUCACCUAUGAAGAUGAAGGAGUCUACAUUGAUAUAUAUGGGCACUUCACAAAGGAAACUGUUUUACAGUGGGGAGAAAUGCCAGCAUCUGUAGCUUAUCUUCAGUCUAACCAGGUCAUGGGGUGGGGAGAGAAGGCUAUCGAACUGCGUUCCGUGGAAACAGGAAAUUUGGAAGGUGUAUUUAUGCACAAGAAAGCACAGAAGCUAAAAUUUCUAUGUGAAAGAAAUGACAAGGUUUUCUUUGCAUCUGUACAAUCUGGAGGCAGCAGUCAAAUUUACUUUAUGACACUUGGACAAAACGUCCUAUUCAACUGGUAAAUCACAUCAGAAUGAAGGAUGCUUUGAUGGUUCCCAGUAGAUACAAGCAAUGUGAAAUGCUGGAAGGUUAUACACUUAAAUUUGCACUUUUUACCAACAAGAAUCUGGUCAUUAUUAACUUAUCAAAAUUCAUAUUCCUAGAGUUGUGGAAGAAUGCCAUUUUCUUGUCAAACUAUUGCAAAUAUGUUUAGUUCUAUCUUUUAAAAAUAUGGUGCAAACCAAGACUGAAUUCACAAUGUAGCAAAGAGCAACUGUCAUGGAAAAUGUAGCCAAUAUAACAGGUUGCUUGUACUCUGAAAAGCGUACAAUUUCUUUUGCACAAAUAUUGUAAUUUUAUUAUUUUGAACUUGAGUCUUUCUCUAUGGACAGCAAUAUCUAUAUGUAGAUUUAUAGUAUAAAGUACACAAAUAUGUUAUGAGCUGGAAUUCCUCUGAUUUUGAAUUAUUUUUGCUUGUUUCACUUUUUUCUUUUAACAGUUUCACCCAGAGGCAAUUGUCCAAGUCUGAGAACCAGUGGAACAGCAACUGUUCACAAAGGGGUUGAAUGCAGACUUGGACAGUUAGGGAUUGAUCUGCCCUGAGAGGCAUGGGUGUGCAUCACUGUGGAGCUUGUAGUCAGCUAUUGUAUACGUAGGCACCAGUACAGUACAAAACGCAUACAGCUGACUCCUUGUAGGCCUCUGGACAAGAUUGAGCCCUUAGACACAGUUACUGUAGAAUGUAUUUGUAAAAAUAUUUUCAAUAGCAAUUUGUCCAAACAUAUAUACACAUGACGUUUUAUGGGCCUGGUCACGUAGGUUUUACUCCUACAAGUAGCCCUGACUCAUGUAAAUUGAUUUCAAUGAGACUAUCCGUGUAUAUAAGGGUGUAGGAUCAGGGACUCUAUCUUUGCAUGAUUCCCCAUUCCUGCUGAUUCCACAUCAGGCUUACAUUUGUUGGCUUGUAAAUAUGCUUUUUCCAAAAUGGAUGUCAUGGUUAACAAAAAUAUUCUUAAUACAGCUAUAAAAAUACCCAGAGAACCAAUUCAUUAUAAAUAGAAAAAUAGACUUAAUUUCAGGCACUCUUCCUAUUCUAGUUACUUCAGAAUAAAACUGCACCUACUAGUGGCAUUCGUUUCUAUCAUAAAACGCAGUUCUCAGGGGUUUAAUAUCAGAGACGUGCUAGGGUUAAACUUUUAAGGUUUAAAUGUACAAUGAUUACCUAGCUAAUGUUUGUGCGGUGCUUUGAAAAUAUAAAGUGCUAAGUAUGACUAUAUAUAAUAAUACACUCACUACACAAGAUCUAAGUCCAGCAGUGAGAUACAGUAUUGACCAAACUGUAUGUAAAAAGAAAAAUAAAACAAUUAGCUACAGUAUUUAAAAACUAUUACCAUUUUUAACUUGAAAUGUGUGGGACUGGAAGGGGAAGUGGCAUUGCAAUAUCUAGUCUUUUACCUCUACGAUGAUGAUUGAAAAUUGACCAUGGUAGAGAGCAAAUUAAAGUUUGUUACCAACCCAUGGCUCUUCCGGUUAGUGGUCUCAGUGACAGGUAUUCACGUAGCAAACCCACCACCAUGAUCUGCACCUUGUUAUGUACUCUCAGCAGAGAGGCCUAGAACUACAUGGCCUGGAGGCUGAUCAGAACUCUCACCCCCUGCUGGUGAUCCCUCGAGGCCAGAGGCAUGUAGGCAGGGUAGUGCUAGCGGUGUGUGCACUGCUGCUGUCCAUGUUCUUUGGCUAAGUGGAGGACUGUAGUCUCCAUGGCUCUCAAUCCAGCACAUUUCGUAAGGCUUAGUUCUUCUCAGACUGUAUAGUGGAGUUUUAAACCUUAAAUAUUCACAUCUCAAAUAGGUAGGUAUUGAUUUACAAGAGUUCAAAGCCAAGGCCAUGACAAAGAUGGGUGGGCAUUUGCACACCCAAAUGGCCAAUUGUGUGCCCAAAUUUAGGCUGUGCUCCACAGUGGGUGGGGAUUGCUGUCCCCAGGCACAGCUGCAUUUAAAUCAAUGGGUCUCUGUGUGGGCCCAGCACUCCACCCGUCUGCUAUCAGUUGCAGGACUGAGGCCCUAAUAAUUGCAUGAGCAAAAUAGCGACAACGUCAUGUGGUCCUGGGCUUCUAUGCUACUGAACAUUGGGCUCUUUUUGCUCAGCUUUCAACAAAAAAGAAAAAAGAAACAAAAAAAGAAAAAGCUGCAAAUUUAAAAUAAAUAUAUACACCUCUACCCCGAUAUAACAGGAAUUCGGAUACAACGCGGUAAAGCAGUGCUCCGGGGGGGCGGGGCUGCGCACUCCAGCGGAUCAAAGCAAGUUCGAUAUGACGCGGUUUCACCUAUAACCCGGUAAGAUUUUUUGGCUCCCGAGGAUGGCGUUAUAUCGGGGUAGAGGUGUAUAUACACAUGCUAACAGACCAGCAAUAAGUCAAAAAUGUCAUUUACUUUUCAUUUCUUUUAAAAAGCUGAAAUACUGUGAAGAGAGGACAUCUUUCAUUAUGUAUCCCCUGGGUGUGCAAAGCCUGUUAUCAAAAUGUUCUUGCUGUAGCACAAAUCAGUGAUCUCGGCUGCCCUGCAUACUUCAAAAUGUGUGUUUAUCAUAGCUUCUGCAUGACAUGAGGCAUGUGAUUUCUGACCAUCUUAGUGCCAAGAGUUAGGAGGAAGGUUUUCCUGACACCAGGCACGAACAGUGGGAGCUUGGAACAGCCCGUACUAUGAGAUUAAAGAAGCAAAUGUGAUUACUUUUUUCAUGUGUAUUGUAACAGAAAAAUGUGAUAGUGAGUUGACAUCCUGUAAAGCUGUUUAGAGCCGUACAACAACAAAAAAAAGCUGAGCUUUUGAGAGAGAGAGAGCCCAUAGCUGCAUUAAGUGUUUAAUCUCACAUUUUGUCUCCACUCCAUUAGUUCAAAUUCUUCUACAUGUGGUGGAAGACAGUAACAGCCAGGUCCUCCUCUCUGAGUUGCACCCAUGUCAAUAAGGAGAAAAUCUGGCCCUAAGAGAUAAACAUUUUUAAGGGAUUUAGAAGUGGAAUUCCAAUUAAUAAUGAGAGCUGGGCGCAGCAUG